AUGGAACGCCAAAAGCCCGCGACAAGGACAGUCGCGCCGCGAAAGGUUUAUGGUAAGCGGAGGAAUAACGCGACGCGCGCUGUCUUUUUCGAUCACCAAAGCCCUUCAAGAGUCUCACCACUUUCAUCAAAGGAUGUCAAUGUGAGGAUAGAGGCUAUCCAGACGAAGUUGAGCAAGGUGACACUCAAUGAGGUAUCAGCGUCAGAACCACCUGACGUACAUUCAAAUUGUACUUCGACUUCUAUUUCGACCUCCACUUCCAAAGUACCAAAGCGGAGUUCUACUUCCAAAAUCAAAUCUCCAUUAAAAUCCCCUCCUUCGGUCCAUCUUCCUCCCCCACCAUCGUCCCUUCGACAACCUCCCAAGAACCUAACUCGACAACCCGUACGAACUACUGCUAUUGAAACCCCAAAACCAAUCGCAACCAUGAUUGAUCUGAGUUUGAACGCUCCUAGUGCCGCUCCUUUUGCUCUCCACGUCGAUGAAGACGAAGAUCCCAAUAUCACCACUGGCCCCACUGAACUCAAUGUCGCCGAAGUUACUGCUGCUUUGGCAAGCCAAUUUGUUCCAGGAACUGAGGCUAAUAUCAAUAUCCAUCCCAUCUUGAAUGGAGACCUAUCCUCUACUUCCAUCCCAGCUACCAACGCUAAAGUUGAUGACCCUGAGUGCAUGUCCAACGUUCCUACUUUCAUCCAAGAUGAAAAGACAAACGACUAUGUUCGUCCUAUCUUGUGUUUGGCUAGCUCUCGCUACGCAGCGUACAAGGUUCAAAAUUUCGCACGAUGGGGAUCGUCCAAUGCCGACAUGUUCACCAUUGUCAAGCUUGCCGAGGGUUCUUACGGCGAAGUUUACCAACUGCAGUUUCGCGAGGACCGCGUCAACACUGUCUUCUCCAAGUCCCGAUUGGACAGACUGCGCAAACUUGGAACCGGAAUCCUGAAAGUAGUUCCUCUGCGAGCACGGACUGGUAUGGGAUCGCGCAGUUUUACCACCAUUCCAGAGAUUGUUGCCGAGCUCAAGAUGUUGAAAUAUCUUGAUCCUAUUCCUGGUUUUGCUCGCUUCCGCGCUGUCGAUGUCGUACAGGGUCGUUUGCCUGAGCCUUUCCAGGAUGCCUGGAACAACUACAAGCGGCUCCAUGCCGAGGACUGCUGGAAUGCUAACCCGGCUAGCAAGAAAUCAUAUCCAGAUACACAGCUCUGGGCGAUUAUCGAGAUGGAGAACGCAGGCUGUGAGCUUGAGAAGUUUGGCUGGACCUCAAUUUUCCAGGUCUAUGAUAUAUUCUGGGGAGUUGCUAUGUCUUUGGCUCGUGCGGAAGAAUACGCCCAGUUUGAACACCGUGAUCUCCACAUGGGCAACAUCUGCAUUAGGUCCAGGCGCGCGGAUGGAUCUACUAAGCCUCCUACUUUUCGUGAAAUUGCGGACUGGACUAUGUACGGUCAAACCUCCAAGCGCAUGUCGCCCAGCGGUUUCGGAAUCAGUGGCCUCGAAACCACCAUCAUUGACUACACCCUUUCCCGAGCUGUUAUCCGUGAUGACCCCAAUGAUCCGGAAGGUUCGUUUGAAGUCGCUUCGACCGAUCUGGACAAGAAGCAACUGUUCGACUCCACUGGUGAAGACGAGGGUGAGGUGCUGCUUCGUGAUACCUACCGAUUCAUGCGCGCUGCGCUAUAUCACGGUCAGCCUUCACAGACCGAGAAGACUGCUGAUAUUCCUGGCGUCUGGGGCGAGUACUCCCCGCGGACCAACCUGGUUUGGCUCGUUUUCCUUCUCAAGUCCCUCCUAAAAAACGUCGUGCCUGGGCUUUCUGAAGAGGAGUGCGAGGAUCUAGGCAAGAACUUUUCGCCUAAGGUCAUGAGGUUGGAGGAGGAGGAGACGUCGACAGUGGCCCAGAAUUUCAAGGAACGACUUGAUAGCGUUCUUUGCCUUCUGGACUUCGCCACCGGCCACGAAGAUAUUUGCUGCGCGGCCGACUUGAUUGCGUAUGCUAUUGAUUCCAAGUGGCUGGUGGCUCAGGAUUUUUUCUAG